AUGUCCGAUCUCUACUUUGGACAGAAACCAGUAGAGCUUACGGAAGACGUCGACAAGGCGGCGCUGCAGAGAAAGAAGAACGCCGAAUCCCAAAGACAGUACCGGAUCCGUAAAAAGGAACAGGAAGAGAACCUACAAAAUGAAAAUGCUUACCUCCGGCAAGCGGUUUCAGAACUUAGCACUGCGCUACAAUCCAAAGUGCAUGAGUGUCAGAGACUAGAGACGAUACUAUUCUAUCAGAGUAUGCCACCAGUUGUACAGGGUAAUUCAUUUCCAAAUGCCUGA